GCGCUUUUGUUUACAUAUGUGGUAGAUAAACAAAGGUAGCGCACCGUCAUAAGCUAUUGUCUUUAUCUAUGGUCAUAAGUUUGAGGGAAGAAGAGAACUGACGUGGUGUUCUUCAAAAAUUCAAAAGUAGGGUUAGUAGUUGUUGUUGAUUACUAAAAAUGACUUGGAUAGCCGAUAAUUCGCUAACGAUAUUCCAAAAGUUUUGUAUUAAUGUGUUAAAAAGUGGCCCAAUUCCGAAGCAUAUUGCAUUUAUAAUGGAUGGUAAUAGACGCUAUGCCAAAAAGCACCAAGUGGAGAAAGUAGAUGGCCAUUCUAAGGGGUUUCAAAAGCUGUCCGAUUGUCUGAGUUGGUGUUUAGAAUUAGGAAUUAAAGAAGUCACCGUUUACGCAUUUAGCAUUGAAAACUUCAAACGUACAAACGACGAGGUCGACCAAUUAUUACAGUUGGCCCGAGAGAAGUUUGCCAAGCUUUUUGAGGAGAAGGACAAACUUAUGGAGAAUGGUGUUUGUAUCAGAGUUAUUGGAAACUUAACUUUAGUUCCAGAAGAUUUAAGGAAGCUGAUAGCUAAGGCGAUGCUGAUGACUCGAAAUAAUGAUAAAGCUAUCUUGAAUGUAGCAUUUGCAUAUACAUCAAGAGAUGAGAUAGUAAAUAGUCUUAAAGUGAUCAAUGAGGCAGUGAAAAAUGGAGAUAUUGUUUGCAAUGAUAUAAAUGAAAAUCUUAUAUCUUAUUGCAUGUACACUAAUCAAAGUCCCAAUCCCGACUUACUAGUAAGAACGUCAGGGGAAGUAAGACUAAGUGACUUUCUUUUGUGGCAGACUGCAAACAGCCAAAUAUGCUUUACCAAAGUUUUGUGGCCCGAAUUUGGAAUUUGGCACUUAUUGGCAUGCAUUUUCCAAUAUCAGCGUGGUUGUAAAGAAUUGCAAGUGGAUGCUAGUCGGCCUUUCAGUAAUAUUGAAAAUAAUAAUGUAAAAACAUUUUUGCAUAAGCUAGAUGAAAGGAGAUUAAAGCAGCUUGAAAUAUAUGCCAGCGCAUAAUGCGAUAAGUACAAUUGUACAUAGAAGCUACUUACAUUUCAAUUUUAAUUUAGCAAAAGUUGCAGAAGUACAAAUUUUUUGUUGAAUUUCUAUACUUUGUCAUUCCAGAUAAAUAAAGCGAUGUUACUGUUUU